GGCCGCCGGCUGGAGCUGGGAACGGCGACAACACAGACGCAAAAUCUGAUAGCAGCAGCGAAGAGCUUAAUGUCCACAAGUUCUUGGCGGAGCUGGAAGCGGAACUGGACCGGCUACCCACCCAAGAGGCGGAGCUGGACUACACAGAUGGCGCGUUUCUUGCGCUGCCAGUUGAGGCCGAGCAAGAGCAGGUGGAAGAGGUUGCGCCGGCAGCGGCAGAAACCAGCGACGAGGAGGUCGCGCCUAAGCGCCGGCUCAGAGGAAAGCAAGCGGCGCCAGCGGCGUACCAAAGACAGAUGCGGAAAGAAGUUCUGAAGAGAGCUGGGCUGCUGAAGAGGCCAGCCACCACGCGGGGCAAACGCUCCAAGGAGCUUUGCCGCGCCCGCCGAGGCACGCCUUGUCAGUUCAACCUAGACCACCCCGGCCAGCCAGCGCGAGUUCAUCCAGACAGAGGCCAGGAGAAGACGGAUUUUGAUGUUGCGCAAGUUUUGCAGGCCGCACGGUGGAACCAAAUCACAGCAGCCCUGUGGAAGUUUGCGGCAAAGAGCGGGGCCGUAUUGGAUGCUGCGCUUGGAAGAGUUCGAGAAUUUCUAGGAGACUCCGAGGCGGAGGCGUACACGAAGAAAAUCCAGGCCCGCCAGAAGCAGCAGAAAAAGCAGCCCACGUCCCCGACCUGGGAAGAUUGUUGGGGAGAGCGGAAGCUUGUGGGGCGGGCGUUGAAGGACAGGCAGCGCGCUGAGCACGAAGCCUUGGUUCGAAGGGACCAACGUGUGGCUCGACGCAAGUUCUUUUUUCCAGACAAGGUGAACAACCCAGGCAGAAUCUCUGAAGAAGCUGAAGCUGCUGAGAAGGCAGCUGUCCUGCAG